GGGGAGGGGGGAGUGAGGGGAAGACAACGCAGAAGGCAUCCAGUGCGCAUGCUCCUUCCUUGUUCCAGCUACAACUGCACCCGAGCCAUAACAAUCGUCCGAAUUAACCACUUUGGGCGAAAGAUACUGAAAUUAAAGGGGGCUGCGGCACGGGGACUCAGGUUAGCCUCCACCCCCCACAGAGAAAACCGUCUGGCCGGGAGACACCCACCAGAUAAUGAAAAUACUAACGUUAAGUUCAUGGAGGAUUACAAGGUGAGCCUCCCUCCCUUCCUUCUGCUGGAGAGAAGAUUCGGAGAAAAUGGGCGAUUAUGUACAGAAGAGGGUUUUUUCCCCCAAACCGAGGAGGAUUUGCUCCCACCGGCCGUCUGAAAGGAGCGUCGCCUACUGAGGCGCCGCUCGGUUGGCGGUGACAGAUUUCGAGUUUUGUUUUGCGGAUUUCUACGAGAGGAGUGAAAACAGUGUACAUAGUUCAUAGCCGUGCUCUUGCGGAGCCUGUGCGAAGGCGGACCCGGCGGGCAGUGUCCGUUAACCGCCCAGCGGCGCGGGGCAGCGCUCGAACAUCUGCACGCGGCCGGGGAUCGCCGCCGCGAGCUGGGAUGCGUGCGGGAGCGACGUCCUAGCUCACCGCGCGCCGCCCGCCCGCUCUCCGACACUGUUGACUGCGACGGCUUUUUGCUUUUAGAUUUUUUAUUAUUUUUUUGCUCCUCCACGCUAUAACCAACCGAACCAACCAACACCCCCCCCCCCCCCCCACCCCUGGGCUCCCUCUCCUCCUCCUCCCUCCCGUUUUGAUGUGAGAAGCGACAGGGAAAAGCAGCAGCGCUCUGGCUCCGCUACAGCCUGUGAAGAGAGCACCAGCCAUGCAAGCGCCCCAACUCCAGUACGACUUCUUCAGCGACGACAACGCGCCGAAAUGGCGGGGGUUGCUGGUGCCCUCCCUGAAUAAGGUGUUGAAUCAGGUCCACCCCAAUCUCUCCUCGAAGGAGGAUGCCUUGCAGUACAUCGAGGAGCUCAUCCUGCUGUUACUCAGCAUGCUUUGCCAGGCUCAGCCACGCACUGUGCAGGAUGUGGAGGAACGUGUGCAGAAGAGUUUUCCUCAUCCCAUCGACAAGUGGGCCAUAGCAGAUGCCCAGGCAGCUAUUGAAAAGAGAAAACGGAGGAACCCUUUAGCCCUGCCUGUAGAUAAAAUUCACCCUCUGCUAAAGGAGGUUCUGGGAUAUAAGAUUGACCAUCAAGUUUCAGUUUACAUUGUAGCAGUAUUAGAAUACAUUUCAGCGGACAUCCUGAAGCUGGCAGGGAAUUACGUCCGAAACAUCCGUCACUAUGAAGUCUCCCAGCAGGACAUCAAGGUGGCAAUGUGUGCAGAUAAGGUGUUGAUGGACAUGUUCCACCAGGAUGAGGAGGACAUCAGUGGGUUCCCACUGAUGGACGAGGAACCCUCUGUGUCCGGGGAGCAGUCCUACUAUGAUCUGGUCAAGACCUUCAUGGCUGAGGUGCGCCAGUACCUCAGGGACCUCAACCUCAUCAUCAAAGUCUUCAGGGAGCCCUUUGUCUCCAACACCAAGCUGUUCUCCCUACAUGAUGUGGAGAACAUCUUCAGCCGUAUUGUGGAUAUCCAUGAGCUCACCUUGAAGCUGCUGGGCCUGAUAGAGGAUACAGUGGAGAUGACGGAUGAGGGGAGUCCUCACCCAUUAGUAGGGAGCUGCUUUGAAGACCUGGCUGAGGAGCUGGCUUUCGACCCAUAUGAAUCCUAUGCACAGGACAUCCUCCGUCUCGGUUUCCAUGAACACUUCCUCAGUCAGCUGUCAAAGCCAGGAGCCGCUUUCUAUCUGCAGUCUAUAGGUGAAGGUUUUAAGGAAGCAGUCCAGUAUGUCCUUCCGAGACUGCUCUUGACACCUGUCUACCACUGUCUGCACUACUUUGAGAUUUUAAAGCAACUAGAGGAGAAGAGCGAGGAUGAAGAGGACAAGGAGUGCCUGAAGCAGGCAAUCACCGCCUUGCUCAACCUGCAGAGCAGCAUGGAGAGGAUCUGCUCCAAAAGUCUGGCCAAGAGGAGGCUGAGCGAGUCGGCCUGCCGCUUCUACAGCCAGCAGAUGAAGGGGAAGCACCUAGCCAUCAAGAAGAUGAACGAGAUCCAGAAGAACAUCGACGGAUGGGAGGGCAAAGACAUCGGGCAGUGCUGCAACGAGUUCAUCAUGGAGGGCACGCUGACGCGGGUGGGCGCCAAGCACGAGCGCCACAUCUUCCUCUUCGACGGCUUGAUGAUCUGCUGCAAGUCCAACCACGGGCAGCCUCGCCUGCCGGGGGCCAGCCCCGCCGAAUACCGCUUGAAAGAGAAGUUUUUCAUGCGCAAGGUACAAAUCAAUGACAAGGACGACAAGGAAGGCGAGUACCGGCACGCCUUCGAGAUCAUCCUGAAGGAUGGCAACAGCGUGGUGUUCGCCGCCAAGUCGGCGGAGGAGAAGAACAGCUGGAUGGCAGCCCUGAUCUCGCUGCAGUAUCGAUCCACGCUGGAGCGCAUGCUGGACGCUACCAUGUCACAGGAGGAGAAGGAGGAGCAGUUGCGGCUGCCUAGCUCCGAGGUGUAUCGUUUUGCCGAGCCAGACUCUGAGGAGAAUGUGGUCUUUGAGGAGAACGUGCAGUCCAAGUCGGGCAUCCCCAUCAUCAAGGCCGGCACGGUUGUCAAGCUCAUCGAGAGGCUAACUUACCACAUGUAUGCAGAUCCAAACUUUGUUCGAACAUUUUUGACAACAUAUCGAUCAUUUUGCAAACCUCAGGAGCUCCUUACUCUUCUAAUAGAACGGUUCGAAAUUCCGGAGACCAGACCCAUGGAGACUGACCAGUUCACCAUGGAAAACGGAGACCAGCCCCUUAGUGCCGAGCACAAACGUUUUAGGAAAGAGUAUGUCCAGCCAGUACAGCUCAGAGUUUUAAAUGUCUGCCGCCACUGGGUGGAGCACCACUUCUAUGAUUUUGAAAGAGAUGCAGAACUCUUGCAGCGGUUGGAAGAAUUUAUUGGAACAGUCAGAGGCAAGGCCAUGAGAAAGUGGGUGGAGUCAAUCACCAAAAUUAUUCAGAGGAAAAAACAGGUCCAAGCGAACGGGCCAAGUCACAACAUUACCUUCGAGAACCCCCCUCCCCCUAUUGAGUGGCACAUAAGCAAACCGGGUCAGAUCGACCAGUUUGACCUGAUGACCCUUCACCCCAUUGAGAUCGCGCGGCAACUCACUCUGCUGGAGUCAGACUUCUACAGGGCUGUUCAGCCGUCAGAACUGGUGGGCAGUGUGUGGACAAAGGAAGACAAAGAACUGAAUUCUCCCAACCUCCUUCGCAUGAUCAGGCACACCACCAACCUCACCCUGUGGUUUGAGAAGUGCAUCGUAGAGACUGAGAACCUGGAAGAGCGGGUGGCGGUAGUGUCACGCAUCAUCGAGAUCCUGCAGGUGUUCCAGGAACUCAAUAACUUCAACGGCGUCUUGGAGGUGGUCAGCGCCAUGAACUCUUCACCCGUCUACAGGCUGGAUCACACCUUUGAGCAAAUCCCAAGCCGACAGAAGAAGAUCCUGGAGGAAGCCCAUGAGCUGAGUGAGGACCACUAUAAGAAGUAUCUGGCAAAACUCAGGUCUAUAAAUCCACCAUGUGUGCCUUUCUUUGGAAUUUAUUUAACAAAUAUCCUGAAGACAGAGGAAGGAAAUCCAGAUUUUUUGAAGAGACAUGGCAAAGAGCUGAUAAACUUCAGUAAGAGGAGGAAAGUAGCAGAAAUUACAGGAGAGAUCCAGCAGUAUCAGAACCAGCCCUAUUGUUUACGGGUAGAAAAUGAAAUCCGAAAGUUCUUUGAGAACUUGAACCCAAUGGAAGACAAAAUGGAAAAGGAGUUUGCAGACUACUUGUUCAACAAGUCUCUGGAAAUAGAGCCUCGGAACGCCAGGUCUUUACCUCGAUUUCCUAAGAAAUACAGCUGUCCUCUGAAGUCUCCCGGCGUACGGCCCUCGAGCGUCAGGCCCAGCACGAUGAGACACCCCACCCCUCUGCAGAACGAGCCACGCAAGAUCAGCUACAGCCGCAUCCCUGACAGCGAGACGGAGAGCACGGCAUCAGCCCCCAACUCCCCACGGACGCCACUGACGCCGCCUCCCGCCUCCGGGGCCUCCAGCUCCACCGACAUCUGCAGCGUGUUCGACUCUGGCCCCCCCAGCCCCUUCCAUUCCAAUAGUGAUACCAUCUUUGCCCCAGUUUCACUGCCACACGGCCCAAGAUCUUCCUCCGUCUCCUCCAUGGUUAGCUUUAACAGAAGCCUAGAGGACGCCCCCGUGCCUCCCCCUGUGCCCCCUCGGAGACGGCCGGAGUCGGCCCCUGCUGAGUCCUCCCCUUCGAAGCUGAUGUCAAGGCACUUGGACAGCCCGCCAGCCAUCCCUCCCCGGCAACCCACGACCAAAGUGUACUCUCCGAGGUACCCGCUGUCGGAGCGGACCUCGGUGUCAGACCCCCCAGACAGCCCCCCCACCUUGCCGCCGCGGGAGCCUGUGAGAACGCCGGACGUCUUCUCCAGCUCCCCGCUGCACCUGCAGCCGCCGCCGCAGGGAAGGAGGAACGAACUGAGCCAGACCUUCUUCCCGCCCUCGCCCUUCAGCCCCCUGCCCCCUCAGACACCCUCCCCUCUGGGAUCCCGCAAACACCUGCCUUCCCCACCCUUAAUACCCCAGGACCCCGAGCUGCCUGGGGCCACUGGGCCCCCUGUCCCCCCUCGUCAGAGCACCUCCCAGACCAUCCCCAAGCUGCCCCCCAAAACCUAUAAAAGGGAGCCCCUGCACCCAUCUAUACACCGAGACACGCUGCCCUUGCUUGAAAAUGCCAACUCCUCCUAGACUGCAGGGUACAAGGGGCGCAGACAUGCUAACACUAAAGACUGCAAAAAAAGCCAUUCUUGGCUACACCCGAGACGUGACCUUACACCUUCAACAAGAAGAUGAUUGUCUUUUUAAUACAUUGAAACCAAGGAGAUUGCCUGCCGUGUUGUCUUUUUUAAGGAUCUCAUUUCAGGAAAGUGCUCAGCAGCAUCAGAGGAGAACACCACCAGUUGAAUAGGACCAGUUUUAGACAACACACUGCAAAAGAGGUCAAUAUGCCAGUUUCAACAGCUUCCUGUUUAAAACUACUUUUCAUUAUGGAAGUGAAUGGGCACUAAAAUAUUGCUUAGAAAAGCCCAUAUGCAGAAUUUGGCACCUUCUAAACUAAAACAGGGAUCUAAGUUUUAUUUAAUUUACCUUCAUUUUCUUGACAUCAAAUAUUCAUCAAGACAAAAAAAGGGACUUGGGAAUGACAUUCAUUGGACAUGUUUAGACUUUUUUUAGUUUAAGUUGAGAUAUUGUGCCAGUAAUCUUUCAAUACCACAAUUAACGGUAACCCUCCACACCAAAGAGGUACUUUCAAACUGUUGCAAAAACAGUCAUUGUUUUUUUUUUGGUUUUGCCAAGAAGUGUGUAAACAAUUGCCUUCUUUAAACAAGGGAAUAAAAAGUGUUUUUCCAGCUCGGCAAUGAAAAGGCUCUUAAAGCCUGACCUUGAUGUAAGUAUGUAACAGAGUGAUGGAGUAAUGACAUCCUGCAAGUAGAGUUAUCAGUAUCAGCUGUGUGGAAGGUAUGUUGAUAAUCCAGUUUUGCCAAAAGUGUUGCAUUUAUAAUUUUUAUAAUUGCAUAGUUAAUUGGAAUGCAACCAAAUGCUUUUGGAAAAAAAACAUCCUUGGAAUUUCCUCCAAAAUAACCAUGAAUAUGAUUCAAUCUAAUCAGUUUUCACUGAAUGCCUCUGAUUAAAUUGAACAUAAAGCCUGCAUAAAUUACAUUGAUUACAAUAACAGGAUAGUCAUCCAUUUUGCAUUUUCUGGUCUCAGGACAAGAGCAAGGGGAAUAAGUCUGCUUUGCAGUCUUGUGCAAAGGCCUUUACCUGAUCUUCAUACCUUAAACAGUUAUGGGUUGAGUUAAUGACUUGGAUUAUUAAUAUACCUCACUGUCUGCUGAAACACUGAUGUUACUGCAUGUCUAGCAGAUACAGUUCUUAUAGAGGAUCGCCAUCAGUACAUUGCACACUCAACUAUCCCAUUUCACACUGUAAUCGUGCAUCAUAUUAAGAUUUCUCAUCCACAUUGGGCGCUUAAGUAACGCUAACCUAAGCGUUCCUUACUUGCUGCUACUCAUAGCAGUUGGGCAUUCUUGGCACUUUCACAUAUCAUUUUUUUUAUUUUAAAGCAUUAAAAAAUCCUUUCCUGAUGGUAUUACCUGUAUUUACCAUAAAACAAGAGGCCAGACAAAUACUAUAACUGUUUGAUGAGGAAAACACUGUAAUCGUGUUGCUGAAGUUUUCCAAGAUCAUGGAAACAGUUUUUGUUGUUUUUUACAUUUGUUUCAAUGCAAGGUCUGAAUUUUAUGGUACCAAAACAAUUGUUCAAACUGCAUUUACCACCGGUUCUAUAUUGAAGCUUCAGUGUCAAUACAAGACAAGUAGUCUUUUGUCCAAAGUCAUCUGAAGUAUGAUUGUAACCCUAAAAGGGAACAUUAAAGUUUUUUUAUAAUUGCUCUUGUGUGAAUGGAAGAGGAUUCAACUCAAGGUGCCUGUUACAGCUCUUGUUUUGUUCAAAUCAAAUGUAUUAACAGUAAACAUCAUGUAAUAUAGAACAGUUUUCUUUGUCCUGGUCCUAGGGCUCCCUGUAUCUUCUGGACUAAAGAGCUUUUAAUCACUGAAGGUGAUUGUUUCCUAUAAUUGAACUUCUAACUUGAUUAGACGUUUUUAAUUUGUAUCCUCUAAUUUACACUCAGUCUUUGGUUUCAAAAGUCUGCUGCAGGAUUGUCGUUGUGAAUAUAUUUAACAAACAGAACUCCAUCCAGUCUCUCCUCAGUUUAUUAAAUGAUUUCUGCCUUAUCUCUGUCUAACCAGUUCUCAGUAGGUAACCAUUCCAUUUAUUGAUGACUUACAUGCAGGUGGGAAUGAUGCUGUAUCUGACACUUCCACUUACAUGAGGAGAGGUGUAGAACUGACAUUGUUUCAAAGUUGACGCCAGUUAUGAAUCUGAAAAAAGAUCCUAAAUCCGGAUAAUGAUUAAGAGCUCAUUUGGAAUGAGAACCAGAAGAGACAGGACCCCCCAAGUGCAGGGUUGAGAACCAUUGUCGUAAGGCAGACAUUACAAUCACAAGGGUCUGUUUCAGGCUGCCCACACCAAGCCAACAUGCCACUUACAAAUGUUAAACUUGUGUAGAGUCUGUAUUUCAAGGUUUUGGUGAUGACUGCUUUUUGCCCCUAGUUUCCGUUGGACUUGGCGAAUGUUAUUUCAUCAAUAUGACAAGAGACAUUGUACAGACGUUGCCUGGAAUCUUCCAGGCAAAAGGUGAAAGAGGGAGUCUGUAGCAGGUCUUGUGAGGAAUGUCUUUUCUAGAGUUCUUGGACAUUUGUGUUGCAAGAUCAGCAUCAGAACUGUAUAGUCAUUAGGUCACUGCACACUGCUGGGUGAAGUGAGGGUUUUGUCCUACUUCCAGCUGUUUACAGUAGAAAUAAGACUCAAACAGCUGGAACUGAACAGUUAGUGUCAUCCCUAAAAAGUAAAAGGGUAGCUUUCUCUUGUAUAAAGUGGCUGUAUUUUCUGUGACAGUCCAUCACUGAGUCAUAUUAUAUAGUUUCUACACCUCACUCAGUAUCAGGUAUUUUUACUAUUCAGUUUUUUAAUCAUAUUUAUAGGUCUGCUAACAACAUUAACCAGGUGAUCUUUAGUGGUUGUGCCAUGUGGGAGGCCCCCAUUACACACACAGUUUAGGUGUUGUCUCUCUUGUUAUAUUUGUUGUCUGAAUGUUGUAGUACCGGAUGGUAGCUCAAGUUCUGCUGAUCAUACUGUGCCUAUAAAUUCUCCUUUUAGCAGAUGUCAGUUGUUUGUUUUCAGGCUUCAGCACAGUCAGCUGUUUUAGAUGUGUUUUAAAGUGUAGUCAUAACUCCCCACUCCUUUUUUUAGCAUGGAAGAAUUAAAUGGUUUUAGUGUAAUUGGGAUAAUAGAAGAUCUUUAUGAGGGGAAAUGUGAGCUAGUUAGCUUUUCUCCAAACUCAAGCACCCAGUUGUUUCUGUAAUAGUAAUUUCAAUUUAAAACACAAAAUUUGGUUUGAAAACAUUUGACACAUCAAGCAACAGUGAACACACUAAAAAUAUUUUAAGGGUGAUUCUUCUAAAGGCAAAAUAUGCAGAGACAUAUGCUGUACCAAGGAAUUGCAGAUUGUGCUAUAUAGUCAUUUAAGUAACAGCCAUAGUCAAGCUCAACUUAAUAGCUGUCCAUGACGGCUGUUUCUAGCCAUGUGACUGUUAUUGUACCAGUGUCUGGCAGCAGAAUUUCCCUUAGUGUCAGUCUGAGUCUUUUCACUUCCACACUAGCAGCCAGGAGUGGCCUACUAAAAUCUGUUGUUAACUGUCCCAGGCUAAAAGAAAUAAAUUGGAUUUCUGGUUCAUUUAUUUCAUUCUCUUUAGAAAACAAAUUGGAAGUAUAAAAGCUCGGAAAUGGGUAGUGUUGCAAAUUCAUCCUCAAAGAAUCUGUCAAAAAUGUUGUAUGUCAUUGUAAAAAAGUAAUAUUCAUUUUUAAGCAUGCAAAAUGUUUUCAAACUCAUUUACACAGUUCAACUCUGCAAUCAGGUUUGCAUUACUGUUGCUUUCUCUUGGUUUGGUUUGGGCAAUAUAAAAAAGAAUUGCCAAGCUAAUCAUAGCCCAGGGUUCCAUGCAUUGUAGCACUCAAUACAAAAUGUUUAGGUGCACAUGCAGGGGUAAUAAAUCAGGUUUUAAUUCUUCAUUGCCGGAUGUUUGUUUACAUUCAUGAGAGGAGAAAUGACCUGACAGGUUUUCUGGUUGAAGUUUAACUGUGGUGUACCUGUGGUAAACAUCAUUGGGACAACACAGGAUGUAAAACUGGUUUCCUGGUGAAUCAUGAGCCUUUGUACUGGGUUCCAGUUUGUGUUCACGAGAGAAGGAGAAAGCUAGGAUUCUCCUCAAGGCCAAGAAGAGAGAAGGUUGCUAUUCCUGUGCAUUCUGCUCUUGUGUCACAAAAAAAACUGGAGCUAAAGUGAUUACAAUUCACUUUUAUUUUUCUGUUUGAAAGAGACAUGAUUUGUUUGGAAUCUGGAUUUUUUUCAUCUUAAAAAAAAAAAAACAGCAGUGUUUGUGUUUCAAGGUUUCUUACCAGAUUUAUAAAAGUGUCUGGUGAAUCUUGAAACAUGGCUGUUUUUUUAUUAAAUGCUAAGAGAGGAAAAAAAUACUUUUGUUGGUUUUUUUUUGCUUCCAAACCCCUGAAACGAAACAAACAAGCAUUAGGUUUUGUUUCUUAUGUCCAUAAGCAGAGAAAUCUGUGGUAUGUUUCAUUGUUAUAGGUUAAACCUUUGAGCAGUAGUGUUUGCUGCAAGUGCCGGUUAUUAAACAUAUGUAUGCAUUUGGUAUAGAUCAAAAUUUUAUUUUAAAAACUGUCUCUGUUUUAGUGCCUGGAACCCCAAAUCCUGUGUUGCCUGCACCUGUACUUGGAAAAGUGUUAAAGAGACCUAAUUAAUAUACAAUAGAAUUACAGUUUUUUUCCUGUGCCAUGUAAAAUGUCAGCCUUUCAAGAGUCAGGGAUUUCAAAGGAAAAAAAAAAACUACUGUAGCAUUACGGAGUUCUGAGUUUAGAGGUUUUGCAUUAAUAUUUAGCACUUGUAAAAAAAAAAAAAGCUCUGAUCUUAAUUGCAUUGCUCCUCAGUUCAUUACCAUAAAGUGCAUUUUUAACAUUAGCUGCUGGUUGUUCUCUCCUUCGCCCUUAAAAGAAAAGUGCUUUCAGUAGCUUACCUGCAUUGAAAAAAAGUGCAACAGGUAAACCAGGUCCUUAAUUGGGGCGACAACUAACACCAUGCAGACUGGCUAUGAUUUCAGCACUCUGGCGCAUCACCUUUGUAUUUGACUUAGUUUUUAUCUGGGAGCCCAGCAAGGCGUGCUCCUGUGCCAGAAGCAUGUCCCAUUAAUUUGCUACCAAUAUGUGCCUUUGAUUAUAUUUUGGGCUUUUGUUCUUUGUCUUUCAGUGUAGGUAAAUGACGAGGAGUGGGGUGUAUUCAUCUCUUCAGUUGUUAGGCCUCUUUGACUUAAAAAAAAAAAAGGGUCUUGGCUUUUGGAGUGCAUUCCGACUGUACUGGCGAACAAAAAAAAAAGUCAGUUGUGGGGAAGGGAUGGAGAGGGAAAAGACGAAUUGUACAUAACUGAGUUUAACUGUGUGUAUAUAUGUAUUUGACUUUGUUUUAUUGGCAUGAUUAUUUGCUACUUUGAUUAACUGUAAGUUGUGAGCCUGUCCAGGGUGUAACGAAUGAGGGUAAUCCACUGUCUCAUCUGCCAUAAACCUGUAUGUUUCACUGUCUCCACACCAUCUCUGUAUUCCACUUGGGCAACUAUUCAUUUAGCAUUUUAACGGAAACGGACAUAUUGCAAUCAUCAGUGUUCCUAGCAUUCGAAUACAGUCUAAAACCACAGAGACAAAAGGAACUAAAACAAGUGUCGAUGACUAAAAAAAUAUCCCUAGCUUGCUUUGCUGUGAGCUAUUUGAAUUGUACACAAAAAUGAUUGUAUUUUCAGGCUAUUAAAUCUGCAAUUAAAAGAAAUGUUUUAGUGCAA